AUGGCCCAACAACAGUCGCUCUUAGAGAGGUACGAACAGAGGUUGCAGCGUACAUCGUCCGAACGACCCACGACCUUGCUGUGCGCAAACGAAGCGUCGACUAGUCCACACAAACGGGAGCCUAUCGCACAAGGUAGGGAGGAAAAUCCUACGUUUCGGAUCCAAGGCCAUUCACAACAACACCAUGGCCUCGGGUACGAAUCACCUUGGUCAGAAGGUCAACUCUCCGAAGAGGAAGAUACCUUGUCGUCUCUAGAGGAGGCUCCGUCAUUCCAAGAAUUCGCACGUGAGCAAGGGUUGGCCAAGCAAAACCCACAUGGGAAGGAAGCGCUCAAGAAUAGGCAAGACCAGAUGAGCACGACCUAUCACCAACAUCAACAGCGACAGUCGUUCGAGAGGGAAGCCGCCAGUGAGCAUGUAUAG